GUUGUAUCCCUCGGUGGCCCAGCUGAUGAAAAUGGCUGCUCUGUACAGGACGGUUCUCUCUGCCCCCCGGUCCUCGCUGAGCCGGUGUGUGUGUGCAGCCCCCCAGCCCCUCACAGCAGCCCUGCACACCUCAGCCCCGGCCCAGGACAGCAGCCCCACCCACACAGGACAGGUACUUGAACCUGAUGACCCUCGCAAUGCAAGGUUCUUGGUUACCCCAAGACAGACCAAUCCUCGCUGGGCCAUAAACCUUAUUCAAGAGGUUCCUCCCAAGGCAGUGAACACGCGUGUGGUGGCCUGUGAUGGUGGUCCUGGUGCCCUUGGACACCCACGUGUCUAUAUUAACCUGGACGAUGCAGGGAACCAUGCCUGCAUUUACUGUGGCUUGCGUUACACUAAGGAGGGAUGAUUUACUCGUCCACAACUAUGGUGUCUGCAGCCUUUUGUUUUGUUAGGUAUGUUAAUAUUAAUCUUAUUGCAGUACAUUUGGUGAGUUUCCAGGGUGAUGAUGUACAUAGUGUUAAUAAAUAAAAUUUCAUCAAUUGAGAA